AUGAGACGGGCACUGUGUUAUUUUGGAUUGGCCACCCUGCUUGCCUUUGGCGAUGCAUCAGAGAGACUGCGCCGUAGCGGAGGUUACGGUGGUGGUGGCGGAGGAGGUGGUGGCGGCGGAUUUGGGUAUGGAGGCGGCGGAGGCGGAGGCUUCGGCUACGGCGGUGGCGGCGGAGGCGGAGGUGGAGGAGGAGGAGGCUUCGGAAGUGGCCUAGGGGGCGGCCUCGGCCUCGGAGGUGGCCUUGGUGGCGGACUCGGCGGUGGACUCGGUGGCGGCCUAGGAGGAGGCCUGGAUAUCAUUCACAAAGGCGUGCACGAUAUAAUUGGGAAAGUCCACUCCGGAGUAUCACAUUUAGGCGGUUUAGGGGGUGGCAUAGGAGGUGGUGCCGGUAUAGGUGGUGGUGCUGGAGGAGGCUUAGGAGGUGGUGCAGGAGGCGGCGCGGGAUUAGGAGGCGGCGCUGGAGGUGGCUCUGGUUUGGGCGGAAAAGAUGAAAAAGUAAUAUAUACCAAAUCUGACGAUGGAAAAUCAGGUGGAUUCGCCUUCACUGGAUCUCUAGAUGGUGGAAAAGGUGGAUACGGUGGCGGUGGAGGAUACAGUAGCAGUGGCGGUGGAGCUGGAUUCGGCGGAGGUGCCGGUGGAGGCACUGGUGGCGGUACAGGAGGAAGUCACGGUGGUGUUAGUGGAAGCAGUGUAGGAGGAGGUUCUGGAUUCGGAGGGAAUGUCGGAGGAUCUGGAAGCUCAGGUGGUUAUGGAAGCGGAUCUGGAUUCGGAGGCAGUAGCGGUAUAGGAGGAGGCAGUGGAAACGGAGGCCAUGAUGGUGGACAUGGUGGUGUUGGUGGAGGAUCUGGAAGUUUUGGAGUAAGCGGAGGAGGCAGUGGAUACGGCGGUGCCAGUAAAGGAGGGGGAAAUAGCGGUGGCAUUGGAGGAAGCCUCGGGGGUUCUUCUACUGGAUUUGGAAGCAGUGGUUCGUCUGGUGGAGCUGGCGGAGGUUUUGGAAGUGGAGGUCAAGGAGGAAGUAGCGGAUUUGGUGGAGGAAGUGGGCAUGGAGGAGGCAGUGGACAUGGCGGUGGCAGUGGACUUGGCGGUGGUAGUGGACAUGGCGGUGGCAGUGGACUUGGUGGAGGUGGUGGACUUGGUGGUGGUAGUGGAGGUAGUGGAAGCGGAGGCUAUGGCGGUUUCGUCAGCGGAGGUGGAUCGGGAGGCCAUGGUGGAUCUGGAGGAUUUGGAAAAGGCACUGGAGGAAGUGGCAGCCUAGGUGGCGGAGUUGGACUUGGUGGUGGUUUUGGAGGUGGUAGUGGGUUUGGUGGAGGCUCCGACACAGGCAUAAGCCAUGGGGGAGCCGGUGGCCUAGGAGGAGGAUCUGGAAGUCAUGGAAGUGGUGGAUAUGGAGGAAAUAGUGGGAAAGGCGGAGGCUUGGGUGGUGGAGCUGGACUUGGCGGUGGGUUUGGGGGUGGUAGUGGGUUCGGUGGCGGCUCCGGCGCUGGCUCAAGUCAUGGAGGAUCCGGUGGCCUAGCAGGAGGUUCUGGAGGUCAUGGAAGUGGUGGAUAUGGGGGAAGUGGUGGGCAAGGCGGAGGCUUGGGUGGUGGAUCUGGAGGAAUCGGAAAAGGCAGUGGAGGAAGUGGUGGCCUAGGAGGUGGAGCUGGACUUGGCGGUGGUUUUGGGGGUGGUAGUGGGUUCGGUGGCGGCUCCGGCGCAGGCUCAAGUCAUGGAGGAGCCGGUGGCCUAGGUGGAGGAUCUGGAGGUCAUGGAAGUGGUGGAUAUGGAGGAAGCGGUGGUCUAGGCGGAGGCUUGGGUGGUGGAUUAGGAGGUGGUUUAGGCGUAGGUUUUGGAGGAGGCCUAGGUGGGGGCCUCGGUGGGGGUCACGGUAGUGGAUUCGGUGGCGGAAAUGACGUGGGCGGAGGAAAUGGUUUCGGAGGAGGUAGUGGACUUGGUGCCGGUGGCUGUGGCUCAGGUUCAUGUGGUGGGGGCUCUGCGGGUUACGGAUCUAAAGGUCAUGGCUGCGGUAGUGGGUCCUGUGGUGGUUACGGAAGCCAUGCCCACAGCGGCUAUGCCUUGGCUUCAGCCAGCGCACACGCUUCUGCGUCAGCAAGCGCGAGCACUUAUGGAUAA